GGCUCUGCACAUUGUACAUCUGCUCCUGCAGCUCGCAAACAGAGGCAGUGCAGGAAAGGAGGUCCAAUCAAGACUUGCCUACGUGCAGCAAUUCUACUCUUCAGAAAUGUAAAUACAUCACAAAAAAAUAAGAGGAUCCAGUCAGUUUGUCCUUCCCCAGUUAUGUGCUCAGAAUAAGAAGAUGACAUACUGGAUUUGAACGUUCUUCAUGCCAAUGACAUGCUGAUGUUGCACAUAGUCUGGUGUAACUGCAAGCCACAAGUCAGACAGACAGUGUGCUAACUCACUGCCUUAAUAGACUGCAAGAAUUCUCCUUACUCAUUUUCACAACCUUUUUUUUGCAGUAAAUAGUGACGACCAAUGGUGCUGUUAACACAAAGGACCUGCUAAAUGCCAAUAGGAGUGUUCGGAAUAAAAUAUUACUCUUUCUUAAAAAAAAGACCUGUCUUUUUGGCAUUUUCUACUUGGAACUGAUACCUGGGCAUCAGAAAGUCUCUGGCAAGAGAGCCACAGUGAUUUACACAGAGGAGAGAUUCAAGUUUCUGAUAACAGUUACUCUGGUGAGAUGCUACACUUCACACAAGCAUUUUGUCCACUUAACGAGCAAAGACAAGGAAGUUGAGAGUGAGGACGACACUACUGGCUACAGCAAUCUGAGGUCAUACACCUAUAAACACCAUGAAGAAACUGACUCUUAUAGUCUUGUUUACACUGGUCAAGUUGGCAUUCAGUGUUGACAAAGUGGAGGAAUUUCAGGCUAAUGAGGAAAACAAUGAGCAGGAGUUCAUUUACACAAACAGACACAAACGUGCCACAGUGACGAUGGAAAACAAGUGCUCAUAUACCUUCAUUGUGCCGCAGCAGAAGGUUACAGGCGCAAUUUGUGUGAACUCAAAACCCGAAUCGGUGGUAGAGAGCAGGGUCAAUAAACAGGAGCUGGAGAUGCUUAACAAUGAACUGCUGAAACAGAAAAGACAGAUUGAGAGUUUGCAGCAGCUUGUCGAGGUAGACGGUGGGGUUGUUAAUGAAGUGAAGCUUCUGCGGAAGGAGAGCCGGAACAUGAACUCUCGAGUCACACAGCUGUACAUGCAGCUCCUGCACGAGAUCAUACGUAAGCGGGACAACGCACUGGAAGUCUCCCAUCUCGAGAACAAGAUUCUUAACCAGACGGCAGAGAUGAUGCAGCUUUCCAAUCGCUAUAGGGACCUGGAGCACAAGUAUCAGCACUUGGCAUCGCUGGCAAAUAACCAGACCUAUCUCAUUGCACAGCUGGAGGCAAGGUGCCAGCUGCUGCCAGCUGCUAAACCCAUGCAGCCACCACCCCCGAAACGCAAAAUCAACCUCAUUACAACCAAUGAGAUCCAACGAGAUCAGAACCAUCAGGACAGACGCCAACUGGCACUAAACCUACUGCCAACCAUGCCUGCUGUUCCUUCUAACAUGCCCUCUGCAAAUACACCUUCUGGGCCGUGGAAAGAUUGUUUAGAAGCCUCAGAAGCUGGCAAUGAAGCCACUGGUAUCUACUUGCUGAAACCUGAAAACACAAACCGCCUCAUGCAGGUCUGGUGUGACCAAACGCACGAUCCUGGCGGUUGGACAGUCAUCCAGAGACGACAGGACGGAUCAGUGAAUUUCUUCCGUAACUGGGAGACCUACAAGCAAGGGUUCGGAAACAUCGAUGGGGAGUAUUGGCUUGGUCUGGAAAACAUUUACUGGUUGACAAACCAAGGGAAUUACAAGCUGUCAAUUACCAUGGAGGACUGGCAGGGACGGAAGGUGUUUGCUGAAUAUGCCAGCUUCAGACUGGAGUCCGAGGCUGACAAUUACAAGCUUCGGUUGGGACGUUACCAUGGAAACGCUGGCGAUUCCUUUACUUGGCACAAUGGAAAACAGUUUACUACACUGGACAGAGACCGUGAUGCAUACACAGGUAACUGUGCGCACUAUCAGAAAGGUGGCUGGUGGUAUAACGCCUGUGCACAUUCAAACCUCAAUGGUGUAUGGUACCGUGGUGGACAUUAUCGCAGCAAGUACCAGGAUGGAGUGUACUGGGCAGAGUUCAGAGGGGGUGCUUACUCCCUGAAGUCUGUUACUAUGAUGAUUAGACCCAAUCCCAACACUUUCCAUUGAAAAAGAACACGGUGUCUUAGAACUCACUGAAGUAGAAAUGGACAACAGCACUCAGUAUAAUGAAAUCAGCCUUACAAUUAACAUAUGUACCAAGCUGUGCUUAUUCUUCGAGAUGAAAAGAAAAAUACUUCCAUGUAUUUAUUUCCUACAAAAAAGUACAAAUUUGUAAUGUCCUGUAUACAAACAUUUUUCUCAUGUAACAUCAAUUUUCUGGUGAAAAUGCUGAGUUCACAGUAUUUGUGCUUACAGUCUUAAAAUAUAGUAUUGUAAUAAAAUGCCAAUGUGUUUGGGAGGAUAUAUUCAAUCCAAAAAUGUGCAUUGAAAAAGCAAUCUGGUAAAUUCCUCCGAUACAGCAAAUUGCAAGGCCAAUGUAAGAUUUUUGUCACACAGCAGGAUUUCAUUUGUUCUGUAACUUUGACGCAGGAACGGGGUUCUGGUGAAUCUAUGGGUACAUGUUGUACUCUGGAAGCUUGGCUCUGAACUUCCACAGAUUAAUAUUUCUCUAAAAAUUGUCAAAUCAAGAAUGCGUGCUAAACGCUUCUAAAUUUUUAAACAGGGAUAGAUGUUUUAAACAACAGCAAAAUGGACAUGUGUACCCAAAACAAUCUCUCUCAAAUUCUGUUGAUGACUGCACCUACUAGCCACUCCCAGGCAUUUUGAGUGAAAAUUUUCCAAAAAAACAAAAAUGGGGGAUGGGUAGAGAAGUGGACUAUGAGGUAAACGUACAACUUUAGAGAGCUUUGCAUCUAUUCUCCACUUGCCUGGAUGAGUGCAGCCCCAACAACACUCAAGAAGCUUGACACCAUCCAGGACAAAGCAGCCCACUUGAUUGGCACCAACUCCACAAGC